AUGCAACCUGGCUCCAGUGCAUCAUCACUUUCUUCGAUAUUAGCUUCCAAUAAGCGCCUAAAGAAAAAUAAUAGAACAAAGACUACAACUGUCUUUCUGAAACAAUCAACAGAAUGCAACAAAAAUUUGAAACUAUUAGGUAAUUUCAUUUGGUACCACGGCCGAUUAGGGAAGAAGGCCACAUGCGAAUUACUCCAACAAAAUGGACAAUUUCUUGUUCGAUCAGCGCGUUCCAAAGUGGAUUUGCAAAUAAAAGUGGUACUAUCAGUAAAAUGGAACAAUAGACACUACCAUUUUGGCAUCAAAAAAAAUGGCACAUAUUUCAGCAUUGAAGAAUUACAGUUCGAUAGUAUUGUCCAAUUGAUUUCCUUUUAUUUUACCAGCAAACAUCCUUUAACAAAACGGUCAAAGGCGAUCCUUCUGCAACCACUUUAUCGUUGCGUUGAAUUUGACGCACCGUACGUUUUGAGAGGAGCGCUGAAUUUAGCCUUUGUUUGCGCUGUUGUAAUAUUCCUUUACACGUUUACUAUCAAAUAA